UAAACACACCCACGUAAACUGUAGAAAAGGCCCCAUUUAACUGUCGAAGAUGUGCAUAAAAGAUUUAUUUCACCUUUUCUGCACUGCUUGAAAGUGUCCUCCAAGUGCAUUGGGAAGAUGCUGGCUCUGAUAUUCCUCUGAGAAUCAUCUAUCUGCCACACCCAUGAGCCCAGUAGUCCUCUAAUCUCCAGAGCCCAUGCCUUAGGGAAUGUCUAUUGAUGGAGCAGCCAGCUAUGCUUUUAUUUAUAAGCUCCAUCACGGCUCCAUCAUAAGAUCCACAGGUGCAUUUGGACUUGUUAGUCCAUUAAGCUUCUGAAACCCUGGCUGACAUUUGUAGAUUUCAGCCUUGUUAGAAAAAAAGAUUACCGAUGUCUAUAGUUUCAAGGUGUGAUCACAAAUGAUUUGCCCAUGAUAAGAUUUUAUGACAAGUCCUAUUGGGUUGUGGAAUGCAAAUCAGGCCUAAAUGUUAGCAUUUUACUAUUUGUAUGGACAAAUAUGAAGAACAACUGAUCGAGAUCACUACACGACAUGUAGGCCUAUUAUGUUAUUCAGUAAAAAAAGCGCAAUGUUGUAAUGUUGCAUAGUAAAAAGAUUUUGAGAUCAUCACAUGGAUUUGAAGUGUUUGAACAGUGUGGCCUCAUGCUUCACGUCAGAAGUUCUCUACCUGUGGGGCUACCCUGGGCGGAGCAUGGUGGGGGCAGCAAGAUGUUUGCAGGAGAGUGCACAGGAGUUCAGCAGGGAAGUAUAUUGUCAAUGAAAGAGGAGAGGAUUCUUACAGGUGGGGUGUAGGGAGGGAAGGCAUUUUUGAACAUUUUCAGGUUUUCCUUUGGUACAAAAGGGGUCCCUAGUUUGAGAAGCACUGUUUGCUGUGUAACCCUGCCGUGUGAGAGAGACUGAGACAUCUCAGAAGCAGAGGUGACUCUCCUCGCCUCGAGGUCCUCUGAUUCCCUCCUUGAGCUGCAGUUGUUCCCUGCCUAAGACUUCCACUAAUGCCACAUGCCGAUCCCAACACCACACUCCACCCACGUUCACAAGAAGCUUGGACCCAAAUAUAGGUGACUGCUCUGGUUCAGGCAGAGCCAGGGGGAGGCCUAUAAAAGAAGUCCACUCCAUCCACAUCUUCCAACUGGCCCUGCUGUUAAGGAGAGCAUCCCUUCUGCUGGGACAUCCAAGACUUCAAACUGCCAAUCCACUGUUUCUGAAAUCCAAGGGAAAGGUGAACAUUUUGUGUGAUAUCUGACCUCUGACCCUGGCCUCCUCCAAGUGUGUGUGGCGACGAUGAGCUCUGACGCCGAGAUGUCGGUGUUUGGGGAGGCCACCCCGUACCUGCGGAAGUCAGAGCGGGAGAGGAUGGAGGCCCAGAAUGCAAAGAUGGCCGUGUUUGUGGCUGAGCCGAAGGAGCUGUACGUUAAAGGCACCCUCCAAGGCAAAGAGGGAGGGAAGGCAACCGUUACAACUGAGGCGGGACACACUUUGACAGUGAAGGAGGACCAAGUCUUCCCCAUGAAUCCCCCGAAGUUUGACAAGAUUGAGGACAUGGCCAUGAUGACCCACCUCAACGAGGCAUCUGUGCUGUACAACCUCAAAGAGCGCUACGCAGCCUGGAUGAUCUAUACGUAUUCCGGGCUGUUCUGUGUGACAGUCAAUCCCUACAAGUGGCUUCCAGUGUACAACCAGGAAGUAGUGGUGGCCUAUAGGGGGAAGAAACGCAUGGAGGCUCCGCCCCACAUCUUCUCCAUCUCUGACAACGCCUAUCAGUUCAUGCUCACUGAUCGAGAAAAUCAGUCUAUCCUGAUCACUGGAGAAUCCGGUGCAGGAAAGACUGUCAACACCAAGCGUGUCAUCCAGUACUUUGCGACAAUCACAGUAUCUGGGGACAAAAAAAAAGAAGUUGCAUCCUCUGGCAAAAUAAAGGGGACACUGGAGGACCAGAUCAUCUCUGCCAACCCUCUGCUCGAGGCCUUUGGCAACGCCAAGACUGUCCGGAAUGACAACUCCUCCCGCUUUGGCAAAUUUAUCCGAAUCCACUUUGGAACCACGGGAAAACUGUCUUCUGCCGACAUUGAAACUUAUCUGCUGGAAAAAUCCAGAGUGACGUUCCAACUGUCAGCCGAGAGGAGCUACCAUAUCUUCUACCAGAUCAUGUCCAACAAGAAGCCUGAGCUCAUAGAGACUCUCCUCAUCACCACCAACCCCUAUGACUUCCCCUUCAUCAGCCAGGGGGAGAUCAGCGUGGCCAGUAUCAACGACAGCGAUGAGUUGAUGGCCACAGACAGUGCAGUUGACAUCUUGGGCUUCACUGCAGAGGAGAAGAUUGGCAUCUACAAGCUGACAGGUGCAGUGAUGCAUCAUGGGAACAUGAAGUUCAAGCAGAAGCAGCGAGAGGAGCAGGCGGAGCCUGACGGCACAGAGGUGGCUGACAAAGCAUCUUAUCUCAUGGGGCUGAACUCUGCAGACCUGCUAAAGGCACUCUGCUACCCCAGAGUGAAGGUGGGGAAUGAGUAUGUCACAAAGGGACAGACUGUUCAACAGGUCUAUAAUUCUAUUGGUGCCCUGGCAAAGUCCAUCUAUGAGAAGAUGUUUCUCUGGAUGGUGGUCCACAUCAACCAGAUGUUGGACACCAAGCAGCCAAGACAGUUCUUCAUCGGAGUGUUAGAUAUUGCUGGUUUUGAGAUUUUUGACUACAACAGUCUGGAGCAGCUGUGCAUCAACUUCACCAAUGAGAAACUGCAACAGUUUUUCAACCACCACAUGUUUGUCCUGGAGCAAGAGGAGUACAAGAAAGAGGGGAUCGAGUGGGAGUUCAUAGACUUUGGGAUGGACUUGGCAGCCUGUAUUGAGCUUAUUGAGAAGCCAAUGGGCAUCUUCUCCAUCCUUGAAGAGGAGUGCAUGUUCCCAAAGGCGUCUGACACCACCUUUAAGAACAAGCUGUAUGAUCAGCACCUGGGAAAAUGCAACAACUUCCAGAAGCCCAAGCCUGUCAAAGGCAAGGCUGAGGCCCACUUCUCCCUGGUGCACUACGCUGGAACAGUGGACUACACCAUCACAGGCUGGCUGGACAAGAACAAGGAUCCUCUGAACGGGACGGUGGUUCAGCUCUACCAGAAGGCUGCCUUGAAACUGCUGGUCUUCCUUUACUCCAGCUACUCCUCUAGUGAUGAAAACAGUGGAGCAAGCGGUGGAAGUGGAGGGAAGAAAGGAACUAAGAAAAAGGGCUCCUCCUUCCAAACUGUGUCAGCUCUCUUCCGGGAGAACCUGGGGAAGUUGAUGACGAAUCUGAAGAGUACUCACCCUCAUUUUGUCAGGUGCCUGAUCCCCAAUGAGACUAAAACUCCAGGAGUCAUGGAGAACCCACUGGUUAUCCACCAGUUGAGGUGUAACGGAGUGCUGGAAGGCAUCAGGAUUUGCAGGAAAGGCUUCCCCAGUAGAAUACUUUAUGGAGACUUCAAGCAGAGGUACAAAGUACUGAAUGCCAGUGUCAUCCCUGAGGGCCAGUUCAUCGACAACAAGAAAGCUGCUGAGAAGCUCCUGGGGUCGAUUGAUGUGGACCACACCCAGUACAAGUUUGGCCAUACCAAGGUGUUCUUCAAAGCAGGGCUCCUGGGUUCACUGGAGGAGAUGAGAGAUGAGAAACUGGCCUCCCUCAUUACCAUAACCCAGGCUGUGUGUCGGGGUUACCUCAUGAGGAGCGAGUACAGGAAAAUGAUGGAAAGAAGAGAGUCCGUCUACAUAAUCCAACACAACAUGCGCUGCUUCAUGAACGUGAAACACUGGCCAUGGAUGAAGCUGUACUACAAGAUCAAGCCGCUCUUGAGGAGCGCCGAGACGGAGAAGGAAAUGGCCACCAUGAAAGUGGAUUUCACCAAGUGCAAGGAUGACCUGGUGAAAGCUGAAGCCAAGAGGAAGGAGAUGGAAGCCAAAAUGGUUUCUCUGCUCCAGGAGAAAAAUGACCUACGCCUGCAAGUUCAGUCUGAAAGUGAAGGCUUGGCCGAUGCGGAGGAGCGAUGCGAGGGUCUGAUCAAAAGCAAGAUCCAGCUGGAGGCCAAGGCUAAAGAGCUGAGCGAGAGGCUGGAGGACGAGGAGGAGGUGAACGCUGAGCUGACCUCCAAGAAGAGGAAGCUGGAGGACGAGUGCUCCGAGCUGAAGAGGGACAUCGAUGACCUGGAGCUCACCCUGGCCAAGGUGGAGAAGGAGAAGCAUGCCACGGAGAACAAGGUAAAAAACCUGACAGAGGAAAUGUCCACUUUGGAUGAUGCGAUUGGCAAGUUAUCCAAGGAGAAGAAAGCCCUCCAAGAGGCCCACCAGCAAACACUAGACGAUCUGCAGGCAGAAGAAGACAAAGUCAAUGUUCUGACCAAAGCCAAGACCAAGCUGGAACAGCAGGUGGAUGACCUUGAAGGUUCUUUGGAACAAGAGAGAAAGGUGCGUAUGGAUCUGGAGAGAGCCAAAAGGAAGAUGGAAGGGGAUCUGAAGCUGACUCAGGAAUCCAUCAUGGAUCUUGAGAACGACAAGCAACAACUGGAGGACCGUCUUAAAAAGAAGGACUUUGAAUUCAGCCAGCUUGUGGCUAAAAUUGAAGAAGAGCAAAGUUUAGCUGUACAAGCUCAGAAGAAGAUGAAGGAACUCCAGGCCCGAAUAGAGGAGCUGGAGGAGGAGAUCGAGUCUGAUCGUGCUGCUAGGGCCAAGGUGGAGAAGCAGAGGGCGGAUCUCUCCAGGGAACUUGAGGAGAUCAGCGAGAGGCUGGAGGAGGCCGGAGGAGCCACCUCAGUCCAGAUCGAGAUGAACAAGAAGCGCGAGGCCGAGUUUCAGAAACUGAGACGGGACUUGGAGGAGUCCACCCUGCACCACGAGGCCAUCGCAGCCACCCUGCGCAAGAAACACGCUGACAGCAUGGCGGAGCUGGGAGAGCACGUCGACAACCUCCAACGAGUCAAACAGAAGCUGGAGAAGGAGAAAAGUGAAUACAAGAUGGAGGUUGACGACCUGGCCGGCAACAUGGAGACAAUGGCCAAAUCCAAGGCUAAUUAUGAGAAGAUGUGUCGGAGUCUGGAAGAUCAGUUGAGUGAACUCAAGGCUAAGCAUGAUGAGAACUCUCGUCAGAUCACCGACCUGAACACUCAUAGGGCCAGACUGCAGACUGAGAACGGUGAGUUUUCCCGCCGCCUGGAGGAGAGAGACGGGCUCCUCUCUCAAAUGUCCAAGGCAAAGCAAUCCUUCACUCAGCAAAUUGAGGACUUGAAGAGGCAGAUCGAAGAGGAAGCUAAGGCUAAGAACGCCCUGGCCCACGCUCUGCAGUCGUCUCGUCACAACUGUGAGCUGCUGAGGGAGCAGUUUGAGGAGGAGCAGGAGGCCAAGGCAGAGCUGCAGCGAAGCAUGUCCAAGGCCAACGGAGAGGUGGCCCAGUGGAGGACCAAGUACGAGACGGAUGCCAUCCAGAGGACCGAAGAACUAGAGGAGGCCAAGAAAAAGCUGGCCCAACGCUUGCAGGAAGCAGAGGAGGCUAUUGAGGCUGUGAAUGCCAAGUGCUCGUCCCUGGAGAAGACCAAACAGAGGCUGCAGGGAGAGGUGGAAGACCUCAUGGCUGACGUGGAGAGGGCUAAUGCUCAGUCGGCUAGCCUCGAUAAAAAGCAGAGGAACUUUGAUAAGAUCAUUGCAGAAUGGAAGCAGAAGUUUGAGGAGGGUCAGUCGGAGCUGGAAGGCUCUCAGAAAGAGUCUCGCUCCCUCAGCACUGAGCUCUUCAAGAUGAAGAACUCCUACGAGGAAGCCCUAGACCACCUGGAGACCCUGAAACGAGAGAACAAGAUCCUGCAACAGGAGAUAUCUGAGCUGACGGAGCAACUUGGGGACAAUGGCAAAGCCAUACACGAGCUGGAGAAGAAUAAGAAACAGACUGAGACUGAGAAGACAGAGAUCCAGACUGCUCUGGAUGAGGUUGAGGCAUCCCUGGAACACGAGGAAUCCAAAAUUCUUCGUGUCCACCUGGAGUUGACUCAGGUCAAAGGUGAGGUCGACAGGAAGCUGGCUGAGAAGGAUGAAGAGAUUGAGCAAAUCAAGCGAAACAAUCAGCAUAUUGUCGAAACAAUGCAGUCCACUUUAGACUCUGAGACACGUAGCAGGAAUGACGCCAUGAGGAUCAAAAAGAAGAUGGAGGCCGACCUCAAUGAGAUGGAGGUGCAGCUUAGCCACGCCAACCGACAGGCCGCAGAGGUCCAGAAACAGCUGAGGGGUGUCCAGGCACACUUCAAGGAUGUGACCGUUCACUUGGAUGACGCGCUGCGCAGCCAGGAGGAGCUGAAGGAGCAGGCGGCCAUGGCGGAGCGCAGGAGCGCCCUGAUGCAGGCGGAGGUGGAGGAGCUGAGGGCGGCUCUAGAGCAGACGGAGAGGAGCCGCAAGAUGGCCGAACAGGAGCUGGUGGACGCCUGCGAGAGGGUGGGACUGCUGCACUCCCAGAACACCAGUCUUCUGAACACCAAGAAAAAGCUGGAUGCAGAUGUUGCUCAACUGCAAGGUGAGGUGGAGGACGCCAUCCAAGAGGCCAGAAACGCAGAAGAAAAGGCCAAGAAGGCCAUCACGGAUGCGGCCAUGAUGGCAGAGGAGCUGAAGAAGGAGCAGGACACCUGCGGUCACCUGGAGAGGAUGAAGAAGAACCUGGAGGCCUCCGUCAAGGACCUGCAGCACCGCCUGGACGAGGCUGAGAACCUUGCUCUGAAAGGGGGCAAGAAGCAGCUCCAGAAACUGGAGACCAGAGUGCGUGAGCUGGAGGGAGAGCUGGAGGCCGAACAAAAGAGAGGAGCUGACUCUGUCAAAGGAGUGAGGAAGUAUGAGAGGAGAGUCAAGGAGCUCACCUACCAGACAGAGGAGGACAAAAAGACCGGCAUGAGGCUGCAGGACCUGGUGGACAAGCUGCAGAUGAAAGUGAAGGCCUACAAACGCCAGGCGGAGGAAGCCGGGGAGCAGGCCAACGCCCACCUGGCCAAGCUGAGGAAGGUGCAGCACGAGCUGGAGGAGGCGGAGGAGCGGGCGGAUAUCGCCGAGUCCCAGGUCAACAAGCUGAGAGCCAAGAGCAGGGACACUGGGAAGGCUGCUGAGUCUGAGUAGAAGACCUUGAAGACGUGGAGACCCUCACAGCUGUUGAAUACAAUUGCUAACAUACAGCUCAAAUUGUGUUUGUAGUACAGUAGUAUUGCAUAAUAUUGAUAACAAGCUGCUAAAACACUGUAUGUCAUGUAACAGUAUUUAAUAAUAGAUAACAUACAAUUAAAAUACUGCAUGUACUAUAACAGUAAUGAAUAAAAAAUGACAAACAGCUAAAAUACUAUAAGUAGUAUGAUAAUAUUGAAUCAUAUAGACAAUAUAUAGCUAAAACACAAUACGUACUGUUGCUUUGUAACAUUAAAUACAAUAGCUAACAUAACAUACAGCUAACAUUCUGUAUUUAGUACUGUUGUAUUGAAAGCAGUAACUAACAUACAACUAACUUAAAGUACUAUUCAAAGGGCAGUAGAACUGUAGUUCAAUAAAGA